AUUCCGCUAGACUUUGUUGCUGGAAAAAGUAAACAAUUAGCGAAAUAAAACAAAGUAAAGCUGGAUAAUCUAAUUAUAUUCAUUUCUUAAGUAAUGGACAGCCAAGCACCAAUUGAUGAUCUAUUAUUGGACAUUGUGGACAAUGCUUGGCGCAUGGAAGUGUUGCCAUUUGAUCAGAUACUAGUGCCCAUUGAAAAGUUACCCGAUCCCGAAGCGGAUGGUGGUGAUUCACACCUUACUUUGAGCGAACAGGAACAAAAGUGGACGGAUUUGGCAUUGGGCUCAUUGGCACCGGACGCUGCUUUAAUCGAUCAACUCAACAUCACAGCUAUCUAACCAAGGACGAGCAGCCCACGUGUCAGUAGCACAUCUCCCACGCUACUGA